GAGACAUGCAAUAGUCAGACAAUCACGUAGUGACUUAGCUCAGCUUAUUAAGACUGGCCAUCAAAAAAAUACUGCCUUUAUUCGUCGGGUAUAUAUUAUUCCUCUGCUUUUCUUAUAUAUGAAACCGUUAAAGUUACAGAAUAUAAACAUAGAAUUUACAUUCUAAUUUUGUUAAUAUUCUAUUAAACUAAAAUUAAGCAAAUUAUGUCUUUAAAUAUUCAUUGAUGUGAUCUCAAUGAAAACAUUUGCUAAAUAUCUCUAAACAUUUGCUAAUGAUUUGAACAACUUUCUCUUAAAUAGGUUGAGCAGUUGAUCAAAGAUGAAGCAAUAAAUGCAGCCUAUGAAUUGCUGGAAUGUUUUUGUGACUUCAUUCUCGUCCAAUUCUCAUACAUUCGGAAAACUAAGUAAGUACCAUCAAAUAUGGUGGAUUGUCUUUCAAUGUAUAUAUUUUCUUCUAAGUAUUAAAUGUUUUUGUUCCUUUGGUUCAUUCAGAGACUGUCCAAAUGAUAUUCAUGAAGCAAUUUCUAGUCUCAUAUAUGCCUCUCCAUGGUGUGGUGAACUACCUGAGCUUCUGCUGAUUCGAAGGCUCUUCGCAAAGCGAUAUGGACAGAAUUUUGCAACAGUUGCUCUUGAAUUGUCUCCUGGGAAUCAUGUUAACCUUCAGGUGAAGGAAAAACUUUCCACACUGUCAAUUUCUGAGGACAUGAAGCAAAAAUUGGUGAAUGAAAUUGUCAAGGAGUAUUGCCUCACACCAGAUAUUUUAGCACUUGAUUACUAUUAUGAUUGGGCAGAACAGAAGGUACCUUAAAUUUUCUGUUUGAUAUAAAAUACAAUGUGACAUUUUCUUUUCUUUCUCU